CAAUAGGAAGAGCCCUCGGCCCUCCCGCUUCUGGCUGCCGGCUAGAAAACGGCGUUGAUGCCGGCGGCAGCGAUGAGUCGUUGGAGAAGCUGGCCCCGUGGCGGCACGGAGGCGCUGUUGCUGCUGCUGGCUUCUCUGCAGAUGUACUGUUAACUACUGAACAUUGGCCCACUUGGAACACCAGGGAAGCUCAACCACCAAUAUGUCCAAGUAUAAACUUAUUAUGUUAAGACAUGGGGAGGGUGCCUGGAAUAAGGAGAACCGCUUUUGUAGCUGGGUGGACCAGAAACUUAACAGCGAAGGAAUGGAGGAAGCUCAGAAUUGUGGGAAGCAACUCAAGGAACUGAACUUUGAGUUUGACCUUGUAUUCACGUCCGUCCUGAAUAGGUCCAUUCACACAGCCUGGCUGAUCCUGGAGGAGCUGGGGCAGGAGUGGGUUCCCGUGGAAAGCUCCUGGCGUCUAAAUGAGCGUCAUUAUGGGGCCUUGAUUGGUCUCAAUAGAGAGCAAAUGGCUUUGAAUCAUGGUGAAGAACAGGUGAGGCUCUGGAGAAGAAGCUACAAUGUGACCCCGCCUCCUAUCGAGGAGUCCCAUCCGUACUAUCAGGAGAUCUACAGUGACCGGAGGUACAAAGUGUGUGACGUGCCUAUAGAUCAGCUGCCACGAUCCGAAAGCUUAAAGGAUGUUUUGGAGAGACUCCUUCCUUAUUGGAAUGAAAGGAUUGCUCCGGAAGUAUUACGUGGCAAAACCAUUCUGAUAUCUGCUCAUGGAAAUAGCAGUAGGGCACUCCUGAAGCAUCUGGAAGGUAUCUCGGAUGAAGACAUUAUCAACAUCACUCUCCCUACUGGUGUCCCCAUUCUCCUGGAACUGGAUGAAAACCUGCAUGCCGUUGGACCUCACCAGUUCCUGGGCGACCAGGAGGUGAUCCAAGCAGCCAUUAAGAAAGUAGAGGAUCAAGGAAAAGUGAAACGAGCUGGAAAAUAGUCUUUCCCCAGUGCAGCCUCAGAAUAGGUGCAAAAGCAGUGGCAUGUAGUGUAUUAUGGGUGCUGAUCUCUCUCUCCAUCUCUCUCUCUCCUCUCUGUCAUGAAUUUGCAUUUCCAGAGCUAGGCUGUGGGGUAGAGUUUGUAUAGGUAACUUAUCAUUGUCUAGGUAAUGGCUUUAGGAUGCCUAACUACUUGAGACUUAAUGAGUUAGCAGUCUGCAAGCCCUGUUGAAUUAGUUACCAACCAAGUAACCAGUGGGGCUUGAUCAAGGUCCUAAGUUUCUGAGAUGGGAGAGUAAUAAGUGGAGGUGAAGUUCAAGGGUUACAUCAUUCAAUAAAUCACCGUUAUUGAGUCACCAUUGCUGGGCACUAUUCCAAGCCUGAGGUCAUGGUAGUAAACAAAAGAUAAAAAUCCUUAAAGGUUGCAUUGUUGUUCACUUAGUUGUCUUAAGUAGUUCACUUCACUUUUAUAUUUACUAAGACUUUCUGGGAUGGUGGUAAAGGAUAUUAGAUAAUUCACUAUACUAAAAUAUUUAUUACUAGUCUUUUCCUCUAAGAAAAGAGAUGCUUUGAUAGUUUAGACCAGAGGUCCGUGACAUGGGAACGUCACAGGUGGGUUCCUCUAAGCAAACAAUGAUGACGCCAACGUCAAAGGCGGGAAGGCCCUUUAACUUGUCUGUAGAUCAAGGACAUCCUUUGUUCGGCAUUUGGUAGGAUUCCUUCUGGCCAUUAGAAUUAGCAGCACAUAGACAACCGUAGCUGUUUGUGUUCUCAUUUUGUUUUGGUUUUGUUUUUUGUGCUUUAAUCUUUGGAUCCUUAAAAUUGGUUUAGAAAUAAAGUUCUGUGACUGAAAAUGACAA